AUGGAGGCAAAAGUUCGCCAGCAGAAGCUAGAAGCAGCAAAGAAGCGUAUGAAUGAGGUUAAAAAGAAAAUACGUGCAGAUCAGCCACAUGAGUGGCCAGCACAGGUACAAGUAGAUACAACAAAUGAAUCAAAAAGCACAGUUCCAAGUAUUUUGACUGAAAAUAUACAAGAAGAUACACAAGAAAUAGAUUCAACGUGUAAAAAAUUCUUGAAUGAAGAAGAGUCAAUCAAUAUAGCAAAAAUACAGACUCAAGAAGAUAUAGCUUUAAAUGAAUAUAUUGAUGAAAAUAAGGGGAAAAUAAGUGAAAUUAGUCCAUCUUUAAGCAAUGAUAAAUCUUCUAUUGGAAUAUCUAAGGAACAAAACAAAAAUCUACAAAUAGAAAUAGAAUCUAGGCAGGAAUCAGAAGAAAAGGGAUCAAAUAUAUCAAAUGAACAAUGGGACGUAAGAAAAUCAAUAGAAAUAAUGGAAAACACAAUAAAAGAAUUAAAAUCACAAAUAUCUUUCCUACAGAGAAGCUAUCUUGAAAUAAAUGAAAAAUUAAAUACAAUAUUAUUAAAAGUGGAUACGGAUAACACGGUAUUACAGAGAGAAAAAACAGAGAUUAAAGAACAUGAAAGAAUAAGCCAAUUGGAAGCAGUUAUUAAAAGUUUAGAAGAAAAACUCAAAAAUGUACAAUAUAGUGCUCAAGAAGACUCGGUUCUACCAAAGAUGGAGCAUCCAGUGCAGUCUCAAGGUUAUGACUAUUUAAGUUUUGAGGAUAUUUCUCUUAAUACUGUUAAUACAUCACCAGAAAGUAAACAAGGAAGUCAAUUCUACUAUAAAACAUGUAAAAUAGAUUUAAGAAAAACAGGUGGAUGUAUAGGGUGUUCAGGGGAUAUACUUGAAAUAUAA